UUGGAAUUGGGGCCAAUCGAGAAAAACGUACGGAAAAAGUGGAGUUUUCGCCAAAUUUGUGCGGCCGAAAGUCGAAACCGCGCGACGCUAAAAUUAAAGUUUGGCACACGGUCGAUCGGACGGAGCGAAAUAAAUAGAAGCGUAACGUUUAUUUUCGAUGUAGUAAUUUGUCGUUGAUUGUUCCGCGCGUUCCGACGAUGGAGUACAAUCCGCACUAUUAUCCGCACUCGAAGUACUACUUUGCGCAAAAGCAACUCGGCUACGGACCGCUCAAUUACGUCUACGCCAACAGACCGCACCGGAUGCUGAGCUGGGAAUGGCCGCUCUGCGACAUCCUUAACACUCUGCCGAGUGAGUACGCCUUCCGCAAAGUCAGAGUUUCCAGCAACAACUACAGUUUAGGCAUCGAACGGAGGAAACCGUCGAGGAGAUAAAAUACGAACAAUUAGUAACAUGUUAAUCUUACGGAGUACGAACAAAUAAAUUGGUGCAAAAUUCGAUGGAGUCGUGUUUAUUUUUCGCACGAGCAAAAUCCGAUAUGCUCCUCCACCUAUUAUUAGAAAUCCCCACUUUGAUAACUCGUGCCUACCGGACUAUUUCCAAUGUUCCGCCCAAAGUGCACACGCAGUUCUGUGAAGUCGUUCAUCGGUGACCACCGAUUUAGCACGUCUUUUCUCUUCAGUUUGAUCGUUUUCAGUGAAAAUGUUGAUCUCGAGGAAGAGAACCACGAUUAGUACGUCGCAACACGAACGAAAACAAGAUGUUUCGAGCAAAGUGAUCAGGUCGGUUCCGAGGUAUUACUUAAUGAGCGCCACCGGCCCCCUUUCCGACUAUUAUGCGUUCCCCACUUCGGACACGGUUCCCGUUUACGACUGUUAUCAGUCCUACACAAUCAACAGGUACUUUUUGCAUCCGGUCGCUUCCAGAAGGAUUUUGAGACAGCUUCACUACGUUAACGACUAUUAUCUCUUUUAACAACUCUCAAAGUGUCGAAUUGUAAAAAUGUUGGUAGUAAAUAAAGAGCGGUGAAAUGAUGAAUUCGGUCGUUUUCUUUGUACGUUUUUCUCGGUUCACAAUUUUAAGCACCUCAAGAGUCGAGAGUUGAGGUAAGUUUUGCAGGCCACACCAUGAUCAUAACAACUUUGCCAUCGACGACGACGACGACGACCACAACAACGUACGAAUACAGUUAUUACCCCGAAACGACGACGCGCUAUUACAAACCGCUCACGCUCUACUACAAUUACUAUUACCCGCUGCGGAGUUUGAACUACUACUCGACCUACUGGCCCUCCACGUACACGUACUACUGGCCGCGAAGCUACAACUACUGGAAGUACCUGAGCUGGCCCAGCGACAAGUUCUGGUACUUGAAGACCUUGUUCGACGACGAGACUCGUUUGAUUCGUGCCAAGUCGGCUUCACUCUUGAAACGGAUUCACGCUCCGGUUCCGCGCGUGCAGAAGCUGUUCCCGAUCACGAGUUACAGGUAUGAAGAACUGUUGCCGGCACGGUUGACCAACGACAACUACAUCAACAGAAUGUUGGUGACGUCGGCCAGAAACCCGAGGAUCGAGUACACCACUUACUGGACCGAACCGACGCGAAAGUACAUCGGUCAGGGACACCUGUCGUGCGUGUCGUACGCAGGAAAUCGGGCUUAUCCUCGCAGGAGGAACGUGUGGCUGUACGAGGAUCCUCUCAGGAGCGACAUUCAACUGCUCAGUUACUACAUCGAAAAGUUCAGACAGGAAAAGGGAUCGGCCAAGAUCAAGGAGAUCAAAGAGAAAGAAGUAAAAUUAAAUCCAAAUCGUCCCUCAAGAAGGUUUUCGAACAAAGUGGAAGAGUCGUCCGAAGAAUUGAAGCAAUUACGCGAAGAAAGGGCCAAACGAUUGGAACGAAUCUACGAAACGGAGAAAAAGACCGAAGAGAAAUCGUUGGAUGAGGAACUGAAAUUGAAAAAGAUCGAGGAAGAAAAGAGGUUAAACGAAGAAAAAAUUUUAUUGGAAGAACAAAAGAAAAAGGAAGAGGAAAAGAAACGGGAACGGGAAGAAGAGAGAAUCAAAAAACAACAACAACAACAGUUGGAACAAGAAGAGAGGGAAGAACGAAAACGUUUAGAGGAGGAAGCAAAAUUGAAAAAACAACAGGAAGAAGAAGAAGAAGAAGAGGAAAGGCAACGAUUGGAAGAAGAAGAAGAAAGAAUAAAGAAACAAAAACAAGAAGAAGAAGAAGAAAAAGAAGCCGAACGUAAAAGGAUUGAAGAGGAACAGGAAGCGGAAAGAAAAAGAAUUCAAGAGGAAGAGGAGAGAGAAGCUGAAUUAUUAAAAAAACAAUUGGAAGAAGAGGAAAGACUUAAACUUAAACAAAAGUUGGAAGAGGAAGAGGAAGAACUGAAGCGUUUAGAGGAAGAGAAGCAACAUCUAAUUCGAUUGGAAGAAUUGGCGAAACAAGCGGAAGACGAGAAGGAACAAGAACUGAAACGACAAGCGGAAGAAUUGGCGGAACUGGCCAAAAAUCAAAUCGAAGAAAUCGAAGAAAAACAAGAAAUUUCCGAGCCACAGCCCGAAAAGAUGGAAGAAGAAGAAGAAGAAGAAGAAGAGAAAGAAAAAUUUGAAGAAAUUGUACCGAAAAUCGAUGACUCUGUCAUCGGCUUCAAUUUGGAAGAAGAGACCGACAAAUUGGAAGCAAAACUAAACGAACUUGCCAAAGAGAGAGCACAACAAGAAUCAGAUGUUGUGGAAGAGGAGAAGGAAGAAGAAGAAGAAGAAGCAGUAGUAUUAGAUCAACAAGAAGAGUUAAAACCGGAGGCAGUCGAGGAAGAGGAAGAGGAAGAUCCGGUCGCGAUUUGCGAAGAUUUACCGGAACAAGAGGCCAACUCCGAUGAAGAAUGAUCUGAAUUGUAUCGUUUAAUUAUUAAUUUAAGGAGAUUAAUUAAUUUUAACGAUUUCAUGUAAACGUAUUUAAUUAUUGUCGUUGUUUGUUGUUGUUGACGAUGGAUAAAGUCAAAAUUAUGAUGAUUAUUAAUAAAAAUAGU